UGGACACACCAAAAUGACGUCACUUUACGUACAGGUUUUUUUGAGGCUGUUAGCGCGAUAGUCGCUUUACUGAACUGCUUUAGUUGGAGUUGUAUACUUUGAGACGUAUCUAGAAGUUAAAGUGUUUGUUAAAGCAUUUUACCCUUGGUCAAGUCUUUAGUAUAGCUGUAAACCUUCCUUGAGUGGAUAUUACCAUGGAGGAGCAAGCUCUCUUCGCCCCACCCGCCGCUGCUCCCCAGGGACCCAGCGCUCCUCCAGCCAGCAUGUUUGACAGCAUGCCUGGCUAUGAAGGAACAGUGGCAGGAGGAGGAGGUGGAUUUCUGCCCCCUCCGAUGCCUGCUUUCCCAGUUCCUCAGCCUGAACCUGGACCUGCACAACCAAGUUGGAACAUCCCAUCUAUAUCAGAAGAUACUGCCCGGGCGGCGUUUGUCCUGUUUGCCUCCAGCAAGUGUUGCUACAAUUCAGGACCAGCUAAGGACGGUGUGAUUACUCGAAUGGAUGCAUUCAAUACAUACAGGUACCGGCUGGAGACAUUUACUGAAUCAAGAUCUACUGAGUGGAGUCACGAGCCAUACAGAGGCCAGCCAGUGGAUGCCUUUGCCCAACCACCUCCAGGACCAUGGGACGUUCAUGCUAAAGCCCCGACCUUUUUUGUGGACGACCAACAGAUUAUGAAGGUUCCCUACACAUCGUCAACAAAGCCCUGCCACGUUUGUGUCGGAAUGGGGCGCAGACCUUGCAAGGACUGUGCUGGUGCUGGUAACAAAGUUUGUUGGGUGUGCAAUGGCUCUGGAUUCCGCCACGGAGAAGAUCGAUGCCACCACUGCAGUGGCAGAGGGCGGGAAAAUUGCAACCGCUGUCAAGGGAAAGGAUCGAUGCAAUGUGAGACAUGUCAUGGACAACAACAGCUUCUGCUCUACAUUAACCUGACUGUGAAAUGGACCAACAACUCUGAGAACUAUGUGGUAGAACAGUCCAGUGGGCUGCAGGCAGAAAAUCUCAGCAAGGUGUCCGGCAAGGAGCUUUUCAGGGACACUCAAUACCUGGUGUACCCACUGGUAGGCUUCCCAGACCCUACCGUGGUGAACGCUGCACAGCGCCUUGUCCAUGAUCACCAAGGCAAAUACUCCAGGACGUCACGCAUUCUACAACAGCGUCAAACCAUAGAGCUGAUCCCUGUUACCAAGGUAACCUACUCAUGGAAAGGGAAAUCACACAUUUACUUUGUUUACGGGAAUGAGUUCACAGUGAAUGCAGAUGACUAUCCUGCAACCUGUUGCUGUACUGUUAUGUAAUUGGAAUGGUUGUGUAUGAAGGUUUUUUCCUUUCAAGCCAAUAGAUUUAAAUAAAUAAGACAGAUUGAGAUACAGGUCAGUUCUGCUGAUUAGUGCUGAGUACCUGACAUGUGGACAGUUGAUUGUUCAAUAAAGGUAAACAGAGGCAUUUAACCUAUGAACUUUCCACAAGUUAGUAAAACUGAUGCCUCUUAAAGAAUAGAAUAGAAUAUAUCUUUAUUGUCAUCAUACAAAGUACAACAACAUUUAUUUGGCAACUCUCACUGCAUAUAUAUAAUAACUGACCUUUAAUGCUACACAGACGUUAAUAAAUGUUUCACUUAUUACUACAAUAUUACUUAUUUUUAGGAAAUCAUUUAUAUUGUUACGUGCCAUUUUAUUCACGCACCACAUAAACAAAUUGUUAUAUUAUUAUUAUUAUUAUAUAACCCUAAAUCCUGAACCCUUUCGCUUUAAAAAGGCAGCAGUGAUUUUGUUACAAAUAAUGUGAUAGAAAUUGUAUUGUGUUUUUGCAUCAAUAAUUGUUUAAUGUCUUUUGUUUGUAUUUUACCCUAAUCAGUUUGCUUUCAUUGCAAAAUGAAUAUUUUUUUACGUGAAUGUAACAAAUGGUUUUAAUGUGUAUGACAAUGUAAGACACACAUUUGCAAUAAUUCCUAUGAAGAAUAAAGUUAUGCAAGGCUUUCGAUUCCAAUAAAUAUGUAUGGAUUUGUGAA